AUGCGGACAGAUAGAGCCCAUGAGUUGAUUAAGAUUCUGGGACACAGUGGCAAUCCACCUGAAAAUAUCACUGAAAACACAACAAAUAACGACUGCAUCCAAGUGGUGGUCCCAGAGGAAGUGUUCUUUGCCAUUUCCAUCAUUGGAGUUUUGGAGAAUCUGCUGGUCCUCCUGGCUGUGAUCAAGAACAGGAACCUCCAUUCCCCCAUGUUUUUCAUCUGUAGCUUAGCAGUUUCAGACAUGUUGGGAAGCCUAUAUAAAAUCCUAGAGAACAUCCUGAUCAUCUUCCGGAAUGGCUAUCUCAAGCCUCGUGGAGAUUUUGAAAAAGCUGAUGAUGUUGUAGACUCCCUAUUCAUCCUUUCAUUGCUUGGAUCUAUUUUCAGCUUGUCAGUGAUUGCUGCUGACCGCUACAUCAAUUUUCAUGCUCUGCAGUAUCACAGUAUCAUGACAAUGAGACGUGCUAUAAGCAUCCUAGCAGUAAUCUGGACAUUUUGCACUGGAAGUGGUAUUACCAUGGUCAUCUUCUCCUAUGAUGUGCCCACUGUCAUUUCCUUCACUUCACUGUUCCCUUUGAUGCAUUUUAUUCUGUGUCUCUAUGUGCAUAUGUUCCUACUAGCUCAUCUCCAUGCCAAAAAGAUCACCUCUUUGCCCUCAAAUAGAGUGCAUCCAAGAGCCAACAUGAAAGGAGCCAUCACACUCACCAUCCUACUUGGCAUCUUCCUUUGCUGCUGGCUCCCCUUCGUCCUCCAUAUCCUCCUGGUGACGUUCUGCCAUAAUCCCUACUGUGCCUGCUACUUAUCCAUCUUUCAGGUGAAUGGAAUGCUGAUUAUGUGUAAAUGCCAUCAUUGACCCAAUGAUCUAUGCAUUCGGAGCCCAGAACUACGCAGUACUUUCAAGAAAAUGUUCUGCUGUUCUGGAUGCAAGUGUAAUUAUUAA